CCUUGGUUUGUUAGGCGAAGUCACGGGGUACCACAGGCUACAUACAUAGCGUCUUUGGGCUGAGUAGGUGGGACACUGGCUGUUUCUGUUGAGGCGUAUUUGAGAAAUGCACGCCGACUAUGUGGAAAUGGCUCGUGCUUGAAUGUCCGGUCCGAGACUCAUCUGUGAUGGAAGCUGCACUCAAUAACCGCUGAAAGUGUGGUGUCAACGUUAGCUCAGCAAGCUCGUCAGGAUGCGAAUGACUUUUGGGGUUUCGAGCAGUGUGACGCUGCUGUUUGACUUCUGGGAUGUGCACAGCCCUGCAGGGAUGGUGGUGUCAGUGCUGGUGGUCUUGCUUCUGACUGUCUUUUACGAGGUGCUUAAAGUGUGGAGAUUGUGGCUGGGGAAUCCCUCCAAGCUAACCCAGCCUCAGUCUCCAUACGACGCUCCAUCAUCUUCGCGCUGCGACAGCAUCUCUGUCCUGGACAGCAGCCCCUCUGAAUCCUCACUGACCCCUAUAGCAUCAGUCGUUACACCUCAAAGUACCAGGAACAGCUUGUUGUUGCACAUCAUACAGACGGUCCUCCACAUGCUGCAGGUGUCUCUGGCCUACAUGCUGAUGCUGUGCGUCAUGUCCUAUAACACCUGGAUAUUCCUCGGGGUCAUCACAGGGUCGGUCCUCGGUUAUUUUAUCUCAUUUCCUCUCUUAGGUCGGAUGUGAUGGCACAGACAUUUAAUAUAGUGAAAUAAAGAAAAAGAUUUACUUUUUACUAUCCGAAGAUCUCGAAGGAUGGAAAAAUUGGUGGAGAAUGAGCUACGUGACACUAAACUUUGCCUAAACCUCAUCUGGAUAUAGAAACUGAAAAUGAUUUUAAGCUUCCAGAAAACAGGAAAUGCUACAUUUUAACAUUUGUCCCUAAUUAACAAAUAACUCAUUUCUGUUAAAGGUACAUAAUGUUAAGAAAAUACUCAGUUUUUCAGUCCUAGUAUUAGUUUUGCUUCACUUUUAAGUCAGCA